CAGAAAUUUUGAUUAUUGCUCACCACUCUGUUCGCUGCUCUCUCGCUCACAACUCCUCCGGGGGCGUGUUUUCUCUUUUUAUAGCACAGUCAUUCUCUCAACCACCCACCCACUCACCCACCCACCCACCUGCACUCCCCUCACUUUGUUAUCCGAUACCCGUGGAGGGGAAUUUUUGGUUAUUCUGACUUUGGGACAUCUCAGUAAAACAGCAGUGGAUUGAACAACACACCUCGUUCCCUCCUCCACCCUGCUCCACCUCACUCUCCCCCUCUCCUCCCCUCCUCCUUCACUAUGUCCUAUGCAUCCGCAUCGACCCAGCAGCCAGCAGCUAUCUGUGCGCUCAAAUCUCCAGCCGAUGCAAUUCACAUCCUGGAAGCUGUUCGGGUCGGAUUGGUCCCUAGAGUCACUCGCCGUCUCACAGGGCAAGAGAGGUCCAUGAUAAGACCAGGGACCGUCUGGGUAUGGGAAGAAGAGGAGACCAACAUGAGACGGUGGACUGACGGCAGACGAUGGGGAGCGUCCAGAGUUGGCGGCGGUGGAUUCUUGGUGUAUACCGAAACAAACGAAAACAUGUCACCGCCCACAUCUCACGACAUGUAUGGCGAUUAUCGACGGAGCGCGAGAGAGCCAUUGAUCAAGCAGACGUAUUCGACGACCAUGUCGAAUCCAGCGACGAGAAAGCAGAAGAAAUUCCAUGUGGUCGCGUACUCGUCAAAGCACAAUCCUCAAGGGGACGCUCACAACCCUCUGCCCCUGCCACAUCAACUCCCACUCCUCGCUUCACUCACCAUCACACCUGGCAUCUGGCCCGAAUGGGAGCAUCGUCGAGACGAAGCUUCGCCCACUGCCUCCACCUCUCGUCGAGGUGCCCCUCCUCAAUCAUAUCCUCAGCCUAGCCCUUACGAAUACCCUCAACAACCUCCGCCCAGACCACAGGAAAGGUAUCACCCGUAUCAUGAUGCACGUGGUCCCCGAUCUCCCUUUCAACAGGCUCAAAUAGCCAGUGUCGCCGUACCACCACCGUUGCCGACCGACGGAUGGGUUCAAGAUAGAGGAUAUGUCUAUCCUGAAUAUCCUCCACGAGGUCCUGCCGCAGUCGGCUACGAGGACUACAGGCAUCAUUCCAGAUCUCCCGAUCGGAGAACAUAUCAGUCGCACUCGAGGCAAGAAUCAGCACCCUUGGUCUCACAGGGAGUUCCGCAACCCGUCGUGGCCGUCGCAGCAGCUGCAGCGGCAGACGAGUUCGGUAUGACAAACCGUCAUUCGUCUCCUAAAAUGUCCAUUGGCAAUUCGCUCAACCACCGUGAAGUCACCCUUCCACCUCUACGCGCGGCCAUUGAAGGCGAUGGCGGCGCGGAUGUCGUUACGAAUGGUGCGGGAUUGGGAGGUGCAGACGGGACGAGCCCGAGUGAAGACAAGCGACAAUUGGAUGAACUGGGAAGAAAGAUUGAUCCGUGAUCUGGUCGCAAGAAACGCUUAGAAGGUAUAGAGGUGGUGCGUUCGGCAAAACUGUAUUCGUAGACAGACGACGUAGCAUGAGAGGGGUUUCACAGGGGCUGCCCUGUAAUGCUUGGAGCCAUAUUCAAACAAAAGGUCAACAUUUGACCACGAACAUGCAUGACCGACACACGAGG